AUGGCUCGCUAUAGUUCACGCCUGGAAACCAUUCCAGAAUCUCCAGAGCUCCCAAAUCCAGCUCUCCAGAUGACAGAGAAUUGGAGGCCCAUUCCGGACUUGGAGCCUGACAGGAAGAAAAUGCGUGGACCAGGACCGGUUCCCGAGUCCAAGAGCCCUGUCGAGGUUUGCGUACAUGGGUUGACUGCAAAGUUCUUCCUGGAUCUUCCUGACGAUAGGAUAAUCCCUAGUUACUAUCUGAAGAAAGCUGAGAGAACUGUCAUUGUUCACCGUACACCUUGGUGCUUUCGCAAUGCCGACGAUGCCCGCGACGUGGACAUAAACAAAUGGUCUCCAGUCGACAUCCGCUUUCGAAGCGUUUUCAUGACCCUCAGGAAACUUCCCGAGUUCGGCUCUCUUUACGACGAAGACGAGGACGAGGACGAGGGGUACGGUACAACAGAUGCAGGAGGAAGCAAGCCCAAGCCUAAGUUCGAUGAGAUGGUCAAACUUCAGGGACAAGUCGUGUAUGCUCUUCUGCAAGGGAUCUUGGAAGCGUUCAAAGUCACCAGAGAGACGGACGACAGCGACUCAUACCUCUUUUUUCGGUCAGUAGCUUCUCCAUGGCAUGUCAUUCCCGGCGCUUGCACUCACAGCGGCCAUAGGGCGAGGCUGCUCAACUGCCAGCUAGAGUAUUGGAUCGGGUACAGCGAGAGAUACAAGGAUGGUCCUCUCACAGCUGGACUGGCCUGCUUGGAUCACCAUCCUGAUAAGAGGGCCUGCCCUACAGUUCUGCCAGUGUCAGCGUCGUUGGAAAACACAUUUCUCAGAUCGGCCCUCGAGGACAAGCUCAAGCUCAUGCUUGGCCAGCUCCUUCUAAACAUCUCCCGUCUGCGGCCCCAUGGGGACCAGAUCCCGGACCAGGAGGUUUAUUUGAUUGGCAUCUACGGCUCCAGGCUGCAUAUCCUUCGUGCUAUCUUCCUCGGCCAGAAAACGUCCCAUCUGUGGAGCGGAAGACACAACCGUUCCUCCUCAGACGCCGAUGUGAUAGACCCCAAUCCGAGCACUGUCUACGAUCGAUUCUACACUGGAAAGAACCUGGAACGACUUCGCCAACAGGUGGAGUGGCUGAGCGUGAAGAAUCUGGACAAUAACCCAAAUCCACGUCAUUUUCGAGUCUUAGGCAGCCGCGAAUUUGACCUCUGGUGCAAGCAAGAUUUUCGAGCUGCCGUCAAGAUGAUCGUGGCUCUGUUCAUCUACAUGAUGAGCGGGCAGGCUCGUUGCGGUGUUCUGCAGAAGGUGUUCCAAAAUUACCCUAUUGAUGAAGAAUCUGACGAUGAGUUGGAGGAGGUACAUGACACCCGCAAACGGGUGGCGAUUGAGGAAGAGAAGCUAGCAAAGAAGGAGAAGGAGUUGGAAGAGACCGAAAGGAAGAAGCGUGAGGAGGAACAGAAAAUGUCCAAAUCAAAGGGAAAGAGGCGAAGUUACAUCCAUGGUCGCUUUCAAGGAUUCAAAGGUUGGCGUAAGCCGUGCGAAGACUUUGCGUGGCAGAAGGAGACAGAUAGUUCACUGGACGACGACUUGUAG